GCGGGUAAGCGCCGAAUUGAUUGGGUUGUCCGGAAAGUUCGUGCCGAUUUUUGGUUUAUGGCGUAAGGACUGGUCUGAAUAUAUCAGAACGAUUGAAAACAAAUGACAUGCAUACAUAUUGUGAAAGACGGUACUUCAGGCAUAUAUUGGGAAAAAAGUUUGGCUACGAUACGUUAAUUUUUGUCAGUUUUAUAUGCCUUUGAAUAUGGAAGGAAACAAAGUGCAUUUUAGGCAUUUAAUGCUUUUCCUUUACUGGAAAGGCAGAAAUGCCACACAAGCAGCAAACAAGAUAUGCGCUGUUUAUGGCGAAGGUGCUGUAGCUGAAAGAACUGUGCGGAAGUGGUUUGCUAGGUUUAAAGCUGGUGAUUUCAACCUUAAAGAUCAAGAACGCCCGGGUAGGCCCUCCACCACAGAUGAAGAUCAGAUUGAAACACUGAUCGAGAAUAACCCACGCUAUACGACAUGUAGAUUAGCAGAAAUGUUAAGGAUGUAUUGGACGUACAAUCUUGGACAAAAGUACAUGAAAUUGGAAUUACUUGAAUAUCCACUCUUCACGCAUAGUAAAUCUAGAUGUAAGAAACUUGAACGAUAGUUGGAGUCUUAUUUGUACUCCUAGAAAGGUAUUUUUCACUUUACAAAUAUUUUUCCUGAAUUAUUUGCGAUUUUUUUUCACUUAUGAGCCUAAACUUUUGAUAGGGAAAAUACCCUGAUUUCAACUUAAUAACGUCAAAUAUUUUCAAAGCUAAAAACAUUCAGCAGUGCUGGUAAACAAAUGUGAUUUCAAAAUACAUAUCGUGCCGACAGCACAAAUAUCUCAAGUUAUAUUUUAUUUCUUUAAAACGGUGUGGUAAAGACUAUUAAAACUUGGUAGAUAUUUUCAUUUAUUUGUAUACUAGAUGUAUAAAAAAAUUCAAAACACGUACUAUUUCUUCUACAUUUUUUUUAGCUGUUUUAUCCGUGAAGAUCGGUUCUUUGCAUAAGAGUAUGUGUAAAAUCGUUGUAAAUUAAAAUAGUUAUAUCUCAGCAACCGUUUAGUGGAUGCA